ACCCAUUGCUUUUUAGCACUUUGGCCUAAAUGUGAUUGGUUGAGGCGUGUAAAAAUUAGUACUUUCAGCGCAUUUCAAAAGGUGACCAUCGUGAUGUCGUACGUCUGCGCGUAAAACUGUCUGAGGAUUACGUAUGAGUGCGUCAUCGACCGAAGAAGUAAAUUUCUGAUACAAUAUUCCGUAACAAUACUCGAUAUUACGUGACCACGAUACAUUUAAGCUAAAUAUUAUUGAAGCGAAGUAACGCAUGGUGAACUCGUUCGUGAAAGUGUUCUCGCGAUAGUUUAUCGAGAGUUUAUCCGAAUUGUGGACAUCCAAUAGCGGUACGCUUUGAAUUCGUAUAGGAUGAAUGUCGAAGAGAACAGACUCAAGACCUUCGAGGAAUGGCCAGUUAACGCCGCGGUUGACGCACCGCGAAUCGCAAAAGCGGGCUUUUAUUACACCGGGCAUAGUCUGGAGGUACAGUGUUUCUUGUGUGGCACGACAGUAUCCGAUUGGAAUUACGGCGACCAGGCUAUGGCGCGUCAUCGACAAGCCCAACCUGCUUGUCCUUUCGUCGUCAAUUCGGCUGAUACGUGCAACGUGCCAUUGAUACCGGCGUCAGCUAGCGUAUCGAUAGAAUCAUCUGUAACAUCAUCGUUGCCAGUCACGCGACAAUCCAACGUUAUCAAGGGUAAUCUAGGUGAAGUACAGGAGACCGCUGUACGCAGCACGAACCCUUUGAGAGACUAUGGUACUACUUCGCAAAGAUUACGAUCGUUUGUUAAUUGGCCGAUAUCCUCUGUCGUUUCCCCGGAGCAAUUGGCUAAAUCAGGUUUCUACUAUCUUCAGUUUAGCGACUUGGUAGAAUGCAUCUAUUGUGGAGGUGUUUUGACGAAAUGGGAAGCUGGUGAUGAUCCAGAUAGUGAACAUAGAUUACAUUUUCCAAAUUGUGAUUUCUAUAUGAGAUACGAAACCGAAGAUGAAGCGUUAGAAUUGGCCAAUGUUACUUUAGUAUCUGGCGCAACAACAGGCAUAACAGAAUUAGGAAUACAAGUACAUACAGCACCUAGCAAUCCAAAAAAUACAACAUACGAAGAGAGACUACGGACUUUUGUAGGAUGGCCUACGGAUCAUAAACAAACACCAGAGAUGUUAUCAGCUGCUGGAUUUUACUAUACUGGGACUCAAGAUCAAGUUAGAUGUUUCCAUUGCGACGGAGGACUACGCAACUGGGAACCAAAAGACGAUGUGUGGUCUGAACAUGCACGAUGGUUUCCAACCUGUACCUUUGUAAAUCUUGUGCGUGGACAAGAAUUUGUGAAACAUUGUAUCGAUAGUAGACCACCUUUGGAUCCUAAGAUAUUGGGUGAGAUAUCAGAUGAAGAUGGUGGGGAUGUCGUAGGAACUCUAACUACAUCUCUUUCCACAGUUCCACGGUCUGAUUUGAAUUUGAUAACAGAUUCUGUAAUCGCGAAAUUACUAGAUACUGCUCCUGCUCUGAGUGCGCUUGAAAUUGGGUUAUCUGUAGAUAGAGUAAAGAGAACUCUAAAAAGAAAAAUGGAGGAAUGUGGUGUAACUUAUACAAAUGCCGAAGAACUUAUACAGGAUGUUCUGCAUGAUCAAACUAUGGAAGAUUAUAAUAGUGGUGCUUCUGAUUCAUCAUUUUCGGAGUUGGUUGUGUCAACUGACCGAAUUGUUGUGCAAACAACUCAUAAUUCCACAAAUACAUUCAACGACGAUGAAAAACGCAAUAUAUGUUCAGAAAUGAAUAACUUGGAUGAUAAAGAGAAAGACUGCGAAGUUAAAGGACAAGAAAAUAGCGGAUCCAAAACUGAAGUCUUUGAAGAUAAAGAACAGAAAACUGAUGCAGUCAAUAAAGAGGACGAACUCGAAGGAAAAAAGAAUAUUAAAUCCAAUAAUAUAACAUUACAAGAGGAGAACAGAAGGUUAAAGGAGGCUCGUUUAUGCAAAAUUUGCAUGGAUAAUGAUGUAGCUAUAGUAUUUUUACCUUGCGGACAUUUGGCAACGUGUAUCUUCUGUGCGCCAUCUCUUACAUUUUGUCCCAUGUGUAGAAUAAUGAUACGCGCUAGUGUUCGUACCUUCUUGUCUUAAGUCAAAUUUUGACGUACGUGUUAUCGUGUAUAUAGGGUGUCUGACGUAAUAUAUACGUUUGCUCGUGUGCGAGUAAAAUUCGUCAAAUUGAACGAAAAAAUUCCGUGCCAUUUUACAAAAAAUUCUUAUUGUUUGCAAAUGGCAAAGAUAAUUACUGAGAUAUUUAAAAAAAUUUGUGACUUGUCAACAGAUUGUUGAUAGAUUCAGACAUCUUGGAUGAAAUUUCUAAAAGAGCACGUUCCAUUGCAUCGCGUGUACUCGUGCGCUAAUUAUCUUUAAUCAUUAACUGAAUAAUUAUCGUGUUUGCGGAAUUAUGCAAAACUUUAUUCACCAAUUUAAUGACUUUUACCCGCACGUUGGAUCAGACAUCUUAUAUUUUGCAAAUAUCUUUAUAGAAAUUUUACGACAAUAACGCAGUUAUAUAUCAACUGAAACUGCGUCGCGAUGGAUUAUAUAUUGGUUGAUUCUACUACUGAUAUUUGACAAUAAUUCUCUGAUUCUUUCUUUCUAAAGUAUUAUAUUUAUUUCACAACACGUUACUGUGUUCGUUUCCAUUGCUCCCAAGCUUAAUUAAUGUUUCAAUAAUAUCAAUAGAUAAAUGCAGUUCUUUUAUGCACAUAUCUAUUUUUUUUCCUUGAUUCUUUGUUCUCCUGUGUCUAAUUUAUUAGAUAUAGUUAUAUCUAUCUUGUGUAUAUAUAAAUCAACGAGAUGUUUCAGCAUGAUGGUGCCAAUUAUAAAAAAAACAUACCGUGGCAUUUAAGGUGUUGAUAAAGAAUUAGUCUUUAUUUCGUUAAUAACACAGUUUGUUAAAGAUAUAUGCAAUGAACCGAGCAAGCGAUAAACAGAGUAUGUUGUUCGUUUGAGUUUUAAUAAUUUAUAUAUUUAAUUUAAAGACACAGUAACUGACAAUAUUACGUAAAGCCUACCUAAAUUAUGCAAAUUAUGACUUUUCCUGAAGUAGAAUUUUAUUUAAGAUGUCCAUUGCUUCUUAAAUGUACCUUAAACUUACGAAUAGCUAUUGUUAUAACUUCUAUUCUUGUAUUCAAUUGCCAAGAUAUUUCGUUAUAAAAUAUCAUAGUAUGUGAGAUAUUGAUAUAUAAAUUUAUUAUUAACUGGUUGAAAUAGUUUAUCAUCUGACGAAAUAGCGCAAUUUUUAUGGUAUGAUAUGAUAUGUAUUACGUUUAUAUAUAUCUCAGGUAUUAAUGAUACUAAAGUUAGAGGGAAAUUUAUAUCUUAAAACAUAUGUACAAAGGUUAUAUCCAUUUUGUUCUUAUAAUUGUAAGCAGAUGUAUGGAAGUUGAUUUGAUUUCAUAAUAAGCUUUCUAAAUGGUGUUUCUUAAUGGAG